GCAUCCUCGUGGAAUCGGUGGAAUUCUGCUGCUCUUCUGUCGCAUGCAUAUGUAUGUAUUUGUGUGUGUGGGGGGGAAUUGGAAUCGUGUCUAAUGCAUUUGGCCCGCUCUUGGCCACCUCUUGGCCCUUGGCCUAAGCAAUUCAAAAAUAUGUAAAUUAUGUAAAAUUCGAUUGGAAUUUUUGUCAACGAAUACGGCAACAUCAACAGAACAGCCACAUGAACAUCAUUGCCAGCAGCAGCAACAGAGAACAGAGAACAGGAAGAAGCAGGGAGCAAUAUAACGCGAAUAGCAGCAACGGAACAGAAUAGGAGGAGGAACAACAAGCCAAAGAAGAGCAACUGUCAUAGCAGAUUUAAGAAUUUAAAAGAAAGGAUACCCCAUGCCCUUGCUUCAGGUCCAGGUCCAGCUCCAACUGCCGAUGUCGAUGUCAGUGGCAGCAGCACAAAAAAAGAGGCAGGGCUAACUUUCCUUUCUGCCAGCAAAUUAAAAGAAAAGAACUGAACACAGAACUCAACAGAGCAGAGUAGCAGCAGAGAAGGAUACAGCAAGCAAGCAAAAUCAAUAAGAUACUGGGAGUCGAGUGGUGGCACACGCAGAGCACAGAGCAGAUCCUUUCUGUGUGGCAAGUGUAGCCAAAGUGCUGAGUAAUGUGGAGUAAUGGAGACCUUUUUGCUGGCGGCGGCAACAUGAUGUGAAACAUGGCAAUCGAAUCAGCCAAAGCCAUUUAGGGUCAUCAAUUGGCAGGGUCGCCGAGGCCACACAAAACGCAGCGGGAGCGGAAGCGGAAGGAAUAUCGUCGAAGCGCAGAGGAGAAGGAAGCCAUAUGCACAGCAUGGAUCGAAGGAGCAGCAGCACGACUACGACCACGAUGGGUCUUCCAGCUUGGUGUCUUUUGGUGCUCUGUUUGGUGGCCUGGACGGGGGCCGAUGACUGGUCCUUGAGCUGCGCCUCCAACUGCACCUGCAAGUGGACCAAUGGCAAGAAAUCGGCCAUCUGCAGUUCCCUGCAGCUGACCAGCAUCCCGAGCACCCUCAGCACGGAGCUGCAGGUGCUGGUGCUGAACGACAACCACAUACCGUACUUGAACCGGGAGGAGUUCUCGGCCUUGGGGCUGCUCAACCUGCAGCGCAUUUACCUGAAGAAGUCCGAGGUGCAGUACAUCCACAAGGAGUCCUUCCGCAGCCUGAAGAUCCUCGUGGAGAUCGAUCUGUCCGACAACAAGCUGGAGAUGCUCGACAAGGACACGUUCAUGGGCAACGACCGCCUGAGGAUCCUGUACCUGAACGGCAAUCCGCUGAAACGCCUGGCCGCCUACCAGUUCCCCAUCCUGCCCCACCUGCGCACCCUGGACAUGCACGACUGCCUCAUCUCGUACAUCGAUCCCAUGUCGUUGGCCAAUCUCAAUCUCCUGGAGUUCCUGAACCUCAAGAACAAUCUGCUGGAGAGCCUCAGCGAGUACGUCUUCCAGCACAUGGCCAACCUGAAGACCCUUUCCCUCGAGGAGAACCCCUGGCAGUGCAACUGCAAGCUACGCAAGUUCCGCUCCUGGUAUGUGGCCAGUCGCCUCAGCUCCGUAAGCCUCGUUUGCAAGGGUCCGCCCGCCCAGAAGGAUCGAACCUGGGACAGCGUCGACGAUGAGCUCUUCGGCUGCCCGCCGCGCGUCGAGAUCUUCAACAACGAGGAGGUGCAGAACAUCGAUAUUGGGAGCAACACGACCUUCAGCUGCCUGGUGUACGGGGAUCCGCUUCCCGAGGUAGCCUGGGAACUGAAUGGCAAGAUCCUGGACAACGACAACGUGCUCUUCGACACGGAGAGCAUCGCCUCCGACAAGCUGUGGAGCAACCUGACCGUCUUCAAUGUGACCAGCCUGGAUGCCGGCACGUAUGCCUGCACGGGGGCCAAUCCCAUCGGCAGCAUGACCCAGAACAUCAGCAUAUACCUCAGCGAGAUAGUGCAGCAUGUGCUCGUGAAGACCCCAGAGACCUUCUGGUACUUCGGCCUCAUCAUGGGCAUCUUCGGCACCGUCUUCCUGUUGAUCGCCAUCUCCUUUGUGGUGUGCCUCUGCAAGCGCACCACCCGCCAGCAUCGACACGCCAACAAGGCGGGUGUCAAGUCCAGCGUCAGCUUCAAUGACCAGGAGAAGAAGCUGCUGGACUCGAGCGUCACUACGACCACAAACGAUCGCGGCGACAGCUAUGGCAUCGACAACAAUCCCAACUCGAUCAGCAUCAACAAGGCGGAGUCGGCAGGUCUGGGCUUCAACCAGAUCGAGAUCCAUGCCGUGGAGAAUCACCGCGGGGGCAUGGGCCAUGGCUCAAUGCUGGUGCACCAGCAGCAGCAGCAUCAGCAGCAUCAGCAGCAGCAGCAACAGCAGCAGCAACAACAGCAGCAUCCGCACCAGCAUAUGCGGCAGCAGCUGAUGACCGUGAAGGAUCCCACAUGCGGCAUGAUCACCGUGCCCACGUCCAUGGCGGGCCACACCCACACCCACACACAUCCCGGCCAGAUCUCCGAGGAGUUUCCCCUUAAUGUGGGCGUCUUUCCACCGCCACCAGAGUUCUGCUCGAACAUUGUGCCGAACCCCGCCUUUGGGGGCAAUAUCUUCAUCCGCGUGUCAGUCACGCAGGACAUGCUCGACGGAGCGGACCUCAACAUGUAUCCGGACUUGCUAAACAUCCCCAAGCGGAUGCAGGACGUGCAGUGCAACAACGAUGGAGGCUCGGGCACGGUGAGUGUGCCCGAGGGCCAAUUUGCCACCCUGCCACGUCACACGACGCGGCGGGGCAUCCUCAAGAAGGAUACCUCGCUGCAGCAGCAUCACCAGCAACAGCAGCAACAGCAACAGCAGCAACAGCAACUGCAGCAAGGUGCCACCACCGGCCUCUAUCCGCACGACGAGAUCGUGACCUACAACCUGGAUGCGAGCGGAUAUGUGGACUCCCAUAGCCACCAGACGACCUACCACUGCGUGGCCGGAGGCCAAAGCAACGCCAUGGAGCUGCCGCCUCCUCCCCCACCGCCCGCUGUGACGGCUGUGGUGCAGUGCCACCACCCCAACUCCAGUGCCACCAGCAACAUGCCGCCCGUCUCCGCCGCCAGUUGCGCCAGCUGCAUCAACAACGGCCCGCCGCCGUCCGCCUGCCAGACGCCACCCAUCGAAGUGACGCCGUUGCGGCCGCUCUGUGGCAAGAGCGGAGGCGGCGACAGCUCCGCGUACCCCAAGUACGAUAACAUGGGGCGCCGCAUCACCGCGAGCGGUGGUCUGGGCAACUCCACACUCUCGCUGCCCGAUGAGGAGCAAUACGAGAGUGAGACGCUCUUCAACGAGAACCAGUCCGAGAAGCAGUCCGUCGGGGGAGAGCAGGCCCAGGAUCAUCAUCAGCACCAGACAGAGACCAGCCAAGGACAGGACAAGGACAGAGGGGAGUUUGUGUCCCUAUAGUAUUAUGGAACGCAAGUGUAAAUAGGUCAAUAGAUUCGUGCCCCAGAACCCAGUACCAGUACCAGUCCCAUUUCCAUAAUCCUCAUCCAAUCCUCAUCACAUUCAGAAACCCAACUCCUUGGCAAUCGUUUACUUUCAUAUCAGUUUCGAGUCUACACAGAUAAUUUGUAUAGAAACCUACUAUAUAGCAACCGACACAAUCUAUUGACUGCCACAGACCCCCCAAAUGAUCACAGAAUCAAAAACAAAUAUAUAGCAGCAAACCCUAAUCAAAAUGCGAAACAAUGAGAAUUUGAGAGUUUAUUUCCGAAAACAGAGUUUAUUUCCCCUUUUGAAUCUCACUACAUAGAUACCGGUAUCGUAUAUAUAUACUUCUAUAUACUUAUGUAUCGCAUGUUUACUCCAUUUAGAGAUCUCUCCAUACUGACCCCAUUCCUAGCCAGAAACCGAAUAGUUGUAGCCAUUCUAUGAUUCUGAAUUCUGUAAAAUAAACGAAAGAUAAAUGUAUGCUAGAGAUUAUAGCGACCAAAACUGAUCUUCAUAAGGUGUAUAGUACUAUUCUAUAGUAUAUAUGUAUCUUGUCAGAUAUAGAUGAAACCAAAGAAAGAUGCAUUUGCUUCUGGGGUGCUAGAGUUUGUUGGAGGAGUACGAGUAUUUUAUUGAAUUACGUUUUAGAGAUCAGACACUGAAUAGGAUUAGAACACCGGAUGGGAAUUCAUCGUAGCAUCGUAGCACUUGCAUAUGCAUACAUAUGUAUAAUAUUAGCAGAUCUAUUAUAACACCCCGAUAUAAACAACUAUAUAUAAACAACUAUCUAUGUACAAUGGUUAUUUGUAUGUGUGACGGUAUUACAGUCUUUAGUCCCCCCUUAAAAUAGUU